CUUUGGCUGUCUCUUCUUCACUGUUGGGAUCUAUUCAAUGCUGCUCCUUUUAAAGGAGUUUGCCAGCAUAUCAUUAUCCUUUACCUUGCUGUAAAAUUGAUAAGAUUCCAGUUUUUAUUAAAAUCAAAAUGGCAUCAAUAAAGGUGUAAGCUGCCACAAGGAUGGGAGUGUGAUUGAUUGGUUUUUUCCUCUGAGCCCUCUUGUGUGUUCUUGUUUGAAGGGCCAUGGACGCAGCAAAUCAUUCACUGUCCACUGCCAUUGAAGGUUAUGCGGGGCUGAUUUCUGCGGAAUGGUUGGCAGGGAUUCUACUCCUCACUAGCAUGACGUUGCAGCUUGUAUUGGUUAUUCUCGGUGCGCGCAGAUACCAUAGUUCAAGAGCAAUUUUCCAUUUUGUGGUGUGGGGAGCUUACAUUGCUGCGUAUGCUGUGGCCAUAUCUGCACUAGGAAUCAUGAUGCAUGGCACCCGGAGUGGGAUAUAUGGAAUAUGGGCUCCAGUGUUAUUGCUGCAUUUGGGAGGCCCAGAUGCCAUUUCUGCCUAUUCCACGGCAGAUAACGAGCUAUGGUUGAGACAUGCAUUCAACAUGGUUUAUCAAGUUUCAGUGGUAGUCUUUGUUAUUUAUUCAUCAGCAUUGGAAGGUUAUGCAUUGGUUUCUGCUAUUUUUCUUCUUGUUGCAGGAGCCACCAAGUAUGGAGAGAGAACGCUUGCUUUGUGGUCCGCUAGCUAUUCUCAAAUACUUAAGUCAUGUCUGCCAAUUUCCAGAUAUAUUAAGGUAAAAAAUGUUGUACAAGAUCGUGGUUAUAUAGUUAUGGGAGAGAAGCAAGUGCAGAGAAUGAUCGAAAAGAAGUCAGCAGAAUCUUCAGCGGAAGGAAGUGCAGCGCGAGAGGCGCCUUCACGGGAAGGAAGAGAUAAAGAAGCGUCCUCGUCGAAAGGAAGUGAUAUAGAAAUAGGGCGAGAGGCACCUUCAUUGGAAGGAAGAGAUAAGCAAGUAGGGCUACAGGCGCGUUCACUAAAAAGAAGAGGGAUAGUAACUACCAUGGAUGUCGACAACGCUCUUUUACAGAGGUUAGCUACUACUAAAAAUAGUAAUAUUAUUGAGGACUAUAUUCUCUGCGUUUCCCAUGCCUUGUUCAAAAUGUAUAUGCGUAGGUUUGUAGGUCUGUAUUUUGAUGAAGGGGAUUGGAAGGAGACGAGAGCUUUCUGGUGUAAGAUGAAUGGAAAUGAAGCAUUUAGAAUUGUAGAGAAAGAAUUGAAAUUCAUGUAUGAUGUGCUAUUCUCCAAAGGAAGUGGCACAGCAUUCAGUGGAUAUGGGAUCAUAUUGCGGCUUCUCAACUGCGUUCUCAUGGGAGCGGCAGGGUUUUUGAUAUUGAGAGAAAGAGAAGAGAGAGAAGCACAGCGAAUGGUGACAUACGUUGUGAUUUCAGUGGCGUUUGUGGUGGAGAUGUUUCAGUUUUGCCGAAUAAUGGCAUCAGACUGGACCAGGGUCCGCUUAAUUUGCUCUCGGGUUGACGACAUUAAACAUCCCCUCUCGCAGAGAGCUUUUAAGUGGCUCAGAAUCAGCACAUUGAAGGGGAUAGAGAUUGCAGUGGUUGUGCUCGGCAAGGUUCAGAAACUGGUUGAAGGAGAUAGAUAUUGGAGCAACGAAAUUCACCAGCAUUGCCUCAUAGGGAGUUGCUUUAAUAGGUCUCGUUUCGUGUGGAAGAUGGGUAAAAUCUUACCAAAGACCGACAUUUAUAUUGCAAGCUGGCACAUCCACAAAGUGUCUCUCCCAGAGGAGCUGAAAAACUUCAUUUUCAAAUUCCUCAAACAGAUAUGUUCUCCGCAGAUUGAUAUAGAGACAUGCAGAGAGCAAAUUUUCAACUUUGAGGAGGAUUUACUUCAAGGGGAAUCUGGAAUCUUGGAAGUCAUGUCAGCACAUCACAGUCUGGAGGAGGUCAUUCUGGUCUGGCAUAUAGCUACCGCUAUAUGCGACAUGCAGACAAAACCGUCUGAAAUGAUCCAGAAUAUGAAUGAGAAUGUGAGGUGGAGUAUACUACUGUCCAGGUAUUGUGUCUAUCUGCUAGUGUCACGCCCCCGUCUUUUGCCUGUCCAUCCGGAUAUGGAAAGCAUAACAUACAUGCAGCUUGUGAACAAACUUAUGGGGGAGGAAUAUUAUGGCAAAGAUCCUACAGAGCUGUUAGAGUGCAGAGACAAAAGUGUACUUGGCUCUGGGGCAGAACUAGCCCGCAAGCUUCUAGGAAAAGGAGAAGAUGAAAGGUGGGAGUUAUUAGCAAUGUACUGGGCUGGAUUGAUGAUAUCCAUGGCGGUGUACAAUAAGGCAGCGUUUCAUGCAGAGUGCGUGGCUGGUGGAGGGGAAUUUCUAAGUCAAGUGUGGGUUUUAGUGGGUCAUAUGGGAUGUGGACAACAGUCUGACUCUACCGUGAAAAUGAAGGAACUUCUGCGUCUUCAGCGGGAGCUACGGGAGCUUCAGCAGGAGCGGGAGGUCCGGAAGGAGGACUGAACGUAAAGGAAAUUAUUAAUACAGAAGUAGAGAUUAUGGGUGUGAUUGGUACAUUGAUGGGAGGUUUGUUUUGUUUUUCUUUUCUUUUGGUAGUGUUUAGUUUUAGGUUGAUUUUUUGUCACCUUUUUUCCCAAAAGGAACAAUUAAUAUAAAUAUAAUUUUUCUAUUUGAUUUA